AAACCACACAAUCUCUCUCGCUCUCUCUCUCUCUCAUAAAAAUCCUCCGCCUUUUUUUCUUCCUCCAUUCCUCUCACUCUUUAAAGCCUCUCGUUUUGGUUUUUAAACAAAUACUUUCAAACCACACGCACUCAUACUAUACUGUAACCAGUUCAACUCUCUCUCUUCCUCGUCCUAUAAGGACUUCUUAUUGUUGGAAUCUCCCAAUCUCCAAUUCCAUCUCCGGGUUAUCGGGCUCCGGAUCUGCCACCCAUUUCACCAACACUUUUCCCUCCUUGGGCUUCCCAAAACCCACUUCUCAAAUUCUCUUACACAACCCAAAAAAACACAUAAAAAAAUAUAAAAAAAGAAGCAAAAUGCUUGCUAUAAAAUAAAAGCCCCCACUAUCCCAUAUAGUCUUUCAGCAAGGCCCUUCCCUUUAAAGAACCUUUCCCUAACGUAAGCUUCUCUCUCAGUUUUUGGCAAAUUCUGUUGCUUUACAUAUACAAAAUACACUAAACUUUGCCAACUUCUCGAGUGAAUAUUAUGGCGGGCAAUCCGCCUGAGGGUCUGGGUGAUGAUUUCUUGGAGCAGAUCUUGGCUGUGCCGCAAACCUAUACUGGUGGUGGUGGUGGUACAGAUGGAACUGGGUACGGAGGAGGAGGAGGAGGUGGUGAAGUGGGUUCUCUGCCCAUGGUUCUACAGUUGGGUUCCGGUGGUGGAAAUGGGUCGGGUGGGUCCGGCAGUGGCGGUGGUGGUGGUGGUGGUGGUGGGUUUAGAGGGGUAGGGAUGGGGAUGGGUUUGCCUCUUGGGUUGAAUUUGGAACAGGGGUUUCUGAGACAGGACCGGUUCAGAGAAGACGUUGAUGGGAAUACCAAUAACAAUACCAAUAUUAACAAUGUUUCUUCCUCUGCUGCUGCCACUUCUGGAAUCAAUGAGAGAGAUUCUGUGCAUAUGACGAGUUUGUUUCCAGCGUUUGGACAUUUGCAAAACCAGUCACUCCGGCCAACACCACCACCACCUCCACCUCAACUUCACCAGCAGUUUCAUAGUCAAUCCACGGCUGGGCCAGUUGCUACUGUACCACAUCCACCUACAAUCCGCCCAAGGGUACGGGCAAGAAGAGGGCAAGCAACAGAUCCCCAUAGCAUUGCUGAGCGGUUGCGUCGGGAAAGAAUUGCAGAAAGAAUGAAGGCUUUGCAGGAAUUGGUUCCCAGUUGUAAUAAGACAGAUAGGGCAGCUAUGCUUGAUGAAAUCGUGGAUUAUGUGAAGUUUCUAAGGCUACAAGUGAAGGUUUUGAGCAUGAGUAGACUGGGUGGAGCAGGAGCAGUGGCUCAACUUGUAGCUGAUGUUCCCUUAUCAUCAGUGGAGGGAGAGGGCAUGGAAAGUGGUAACAAUCAAGCAGCUUGGGAGAAGUGGUCAAGUGAUGGCACAGAACAGCAAGUAGCAAAGUUGAUGGAAGAAGAUGUAGGAGCCGCCAUGCAGUUCCUCCAGUCCAAGGCACUCUGCAUCAUGCCCAUAUCGCUUGCUUCUGCAAUUUUCCGAACACACCAACCUGAUGCAUCAACACUAGUUAAGCCUGAAUCAAACACCUCUUCAUAGAUCCCAAUAGAUAAUCUAAAUCCAGUUGCUGACCGGCGACUUCUAAUAGUUCAGAGUUUCCAAUCCUGUAACAGAGGCCACCAUGGCCUCUGCCUGGCGCCUGUAAAAUGGAAGCCUCCUCCCCACCAAAAGAAAAAAAAAAAAAAAAAUGUCGUACUUUUUCUUAAAAUAUAUUUUUGUUCCAAAAUUGUAUUUAUUAUAUGAAACAAGUUUUGUGUUUUCUGAAAACAUAAAACUUCUAUUAGCAUCUUCAAUAUGCUUCUUUUUAUUUUUUA